CUCCCAAAAUGUCCAUGACUGGCGCCACACUGAAGGUAGCAGCCGGUGUUAAAGCAUACAUGCAGUGCAAGGCCACCGGUGACCCGGCGCCCACGAUCACAUGGGACAAAGAUGGCACACCAGUCCAUCUGCUGUCCUCGCGAUACUCGGUCAACAAAGACAACUGGGCUCUAAGAGUGUUCACCCCACAAAUUGACGACGUGGGUAACUACACCUGCACCGCCACAAACCGGCUUGGAGUGGACAAGACCACCUAUACUUUGCUGGUCAUGGUUCAGCCAGAAUCCCAGAUCGUCAGUCCAUCCAAUCUAACAGUCAUGGAGCUGACCAAUCAGCAGCUAGUCUGUCGGUCACGAGGUGUGCCUCGGCCCUUCUUUGAAUGGUUGAUCAAGAAUAAUCCACCGAUCCGGGCUGAUACCACAACACAAGGCAAUGUGAGUCUUAAACGGCUUUACUCCAUUGAACGAGAAGUCGACGAGCACGUCUACGAGAGUGUGCUGUACUUUCAGCCGGUCAACUACAAGGACUUUGGCAAUUUUGCCUGUGUUGCCUACAAUGACAUAGGACACAGCAGAGUCAGAGCCAGUUUGGAUGUUCUUUUUUCGCCGAAAGUACUGUCCGACCAUUCAUCCCUACAACCCGUAGUAUGGUGGGAGGGACACCCCACCAACUUAUCCUGUGUCGUAGCUGGUAAUGAUGUCCCGGAGAUCACGUGGUUCAGGAACAGGAAACGGUUUACCUGCAACAAACUGGAGGAGUGGGAAGAGGCUUCUCAGAUUACGUCAUCGUGUAUAGUAAGUCACCCGCUUAUACUCGAUGGCGGCCCGGGGGUCUACAGCUGUCGGGCUAAAAAUAGAUACGGGAAAACGCCGGUCCACGAAUUCCAUGUCCGUGAGAAUUUCCCUCCUGCCGCUGUGGAGUUCUCAACAGUCAGUGUCAAGCCGGACGAGGUCGUGCUGGCCGUGAAGAUCCCCAAAAAAAGAGACACACCACCAGCGACCUACGUCCUAGCUUCAUACAAGCUUGCAGGCGACGUGGGCGGGGUUCCCAACCCAGAAUAUGAGCGUAUGGGAGAUGUGGAUAAACAAGGGGAGGGAACUGUAAAGCUUGUCGGCGUGAGAGAGAACAGUGAGUACGUCGUGAAAGUCAGGGCCCGCAACUCUGUCGGCUUCGGACCAGAAACAGUUAGCGUGAUAAACACAGCUUUGCCACCUGCUGCGACCGAGACCACGCCCUGGAUGUCCACUAUUUCCACAGUUAUGCCCAUUUAUGACAACAGUUAUGACGAGGAUGUGAACCAACUGACGAAUCGCAGAGAUGAUGUUCGUCAGCUGGAAUUUGAAGAGAGUCCAGAGGCUCUUGGUGUGCGGAGCUCCGCUUACUGUCUGAGAAUUUACGGCGGAUGUUGGUUUUGUCCAACCAAUUUCAUGUUUUUUAUCUCCUGGAUUUUGCUUGUCCUACGGUGUCAUUGUGUUUCGUAA